AUGGUCCAAAUUAUUCUGAAAUUCAUGAAAAUAUCUGGAAAGCUAUUCCCAUUUGAAAAUGAAUGUCAGCCAUCUUUUCAUCUAAAGACAGGAGAAUUCCUGAGUUUUGCUGAUGACUUACUCUCUGGCCUGGGCACAUCUUGUGUAGCAGCUGGUCGAAGCCAUGGAGAGGUCCCUGAAGUCAGUAUCUACUCGGUCAUCUUCAAGUGUCUGGAGCCUGACGGUCUCUACAAGUUCACUCUAUAUGCUGUGGAUACACGAGGGAGGCACUCAGAGCUAAGCACGGUGACCCUGAGGACGGCCUGUCCACUGGUAGAUGACAACAAGGCAGAAGAAAUAGCUGACAAGAUCUACAAUCUGUACAAUGGGUACACAAGUGGAAAGGAGCAGCAGAUGGCCUACAACACCCUGAUGGAGGUCUCAGCCUCGAUGCUGUUCCGAGUCCAGCACCACUACAACUCUCACUAUGAAAAAUUUGGUGACUUCGUCUGGAGAAGUGAGGAUGAGCUGGGGCCCAGGAAGGCCCACCUGAUUCUACGGCGGCUGGAGAGGGUGAGUAGCCACUGCUCCAGCCUCCUGCGGAGUGCCUACAUCCAGAGCCGUGUGGAAACGGUGCCCUAUCUUUUCUGCCGCAGUGAGGAGGUCCGGCCUGCAGGCAUGGUGUGGUACAGCAUCCUCAAGGACACCAAAAUCACGUGUGAGGAGAAGAUGGUGUCAAUGGCCCGGAACACGUAUGGGGAGUCCAAGGGCCGGUGAGGGAGGGUAUCGCCCUCCGUGAGCACAGAGACUCUCCAUGGGAGGGGGAGCAGUAUUCUCCUGGAUCCUGGGGCCUGGGUGGGCUGGGGGACAGCUGAGGAUGGGCCUAGCAGAUGAAACUUGCCAGCAAGGCCAAAGCAAAUGGUUUCUCCUGUGGAUAGUGGACAGAGACCUUUGUAACCAAUGGAAUUAUUCAUUUUUCUCUAUCUUUUAUUUUUUCAAAGAUAUUAUUUGACUCUAUCAAAAGUCUCUCCUUUUUAAACCUUUUCUUAUGGAUGGCUGUCAAUCCUGAGGCAGAAGUUUUCAGGUGGAGACCAAGCGGCCUUUGCUCUUCUUCCUCCUUCCUGCCACACUCUGCUUUCUUCCUGCCAUGGACCCCUGGAGGAGACCUAUGGAGGGACAGUUUUGACCUGACCCCUAGAGGAGACAGUUUUGACCUCUUCAGCACCAGGAAGGAAGCUCUGAGGAUGGUUGCAGUGAGGAAGCAUGGGUCUUUAAGGACUUCUCUCUCUUUUUUGCUGGACAUUAUUGAGUUUGUGGGACCCUGCCUCUUCCUGCUACCUGUGAGUCUGCCCAGAGUCCCCUGCAGGCCUGUCCAUGCAUUAAAAAUUCCUAUUGUCUCUCUUU